AGCAACAUCAUCAGCAGCAGUCAAUGCUAACAGCAGCAACAUCAUCAGCAGCAACAUCAACAAAAUCAUCAGCAUCAGUCAGUACUAACAGCAAUAUCAGCAACAUCAUCAGCAGCAACAUCCUCAUCCACCACUUCAGCAGUCAGUACUAACAGCAGUAACAGCAACAUCAUCAGCAGCAACAUCCUCAUCCACCACUUCAGCACAGCAGCACCACCUCCUCCUUCCUCCUCUGGCGCCUCUCCGCCAUCACCGCCUCAUCAGGCCUGGCCGCGUCAUUGUGAGGAGGUUAACUGCCGUGUGGUGUUUGUGAUGCGGCUAGCAGGGCCGUGUGGCCGACGGUAUGGGCAGCUCUGAGGCGGAGUGUGUGCACCUCGGCAGCGUUGGGGAGGUUACGAAGGAGCAGCUCAUCCAGAAGUCCAAGGGAACCUGCCAGUCUUGCGCAGCGACUGGCCCCAACCUCUGGGCCUGCCUGCAGGAUGGCUGCACGUACGUGGGAUGUGGAGAAUCGUUCACUGACCACAGCACCCUGCAUGCGCAGACGAGCAAGCACAGCCUGACAGUGAACCUCACAACGCUGCGGGUGUGGUGCUACGUGUGCGAGCGGGAGGUGUUCCUCGACAAGCAGGCGGCGGUGGCGGCGGGCGACACCGCGCCCUGCAAGCCCCCGCCGGCCGCCGCGCAGUCCAUGCCGGACGGUGGCAUCCGAGGAGCCUCGCCCAUCAAGACCAUCCCUGGGACAUCCGGCGAGGAGGGAGAGUCCGAGGUCGACGAUGACGACCUUCGACCCCGAGGCCUCACCGGUCUGAAGAACAUUGGGAACACGUGCUACAUGAAUGCCGCCCUACAGGCGCUGUCUAACUGCCCUCCGCUCACCCAGUUCUUCCUCGAGUGCGGAGGGCUGGUGCGAACCGACAAGAAGCCGGCGCUCUGCAAGAGCUACCACAAGCUCGUCUCCGACAUCUGGAACAAGAAGAGGCACGGCUACCUGGUUCCCACGACCCUGGCUCAUGGAAUCAAACUCAUCAACCCCAUGUUCCGGGGCUACGCACAGCAGGACGCCCAGGAGUUCCUGCGCUGCCUUAUGGACCAGCUGCACGAGGAGCUCAAGGAGGCCGAGCCGGACGAUGCCCCUGCGCCGGGGCCCGCAAUGGAGCAGCUGGCACCGUGCGAGCAGCACCGCACCCACUCCGACGACGAGCUUGUGUCCUGCGACUCGGGCAUCAGCAGCGAGGUGAGGGGGGGGCGCCCCCCACGAUCUGGGUGCCGCGAGCGAGCCAACCUCGUCGAGGACCAGGAGAUGGAGAUGCUCAUGCAGGACGAGACGGCGUCGUCGUCGAUGGCGUCGUCGGCGGCGGCGGCGCAAGAGAACCAGCACCUGCCGCCCACCACACGCCACCGCGACCGCAAGCGCCGGCUGCGCCGCUCCAGCUCGGCCGACUCGGAGAGCGCCGAGGGGACGGAGGGGGAGGCGGGGUGCGAGAUGGGGGGCGGCGGCGGUGCAAGCGACUCGCUGGGCUGCGGCGGCCGCACCUCUCCGCCGGCGCAGCGCAGCUCGCCCGUGCCUCCGCGGCACUCCGACCCCGAGAGUGAGCACGGCGCGUACACGCCGUCGCGGCCAUCUAGCCCGGCUCCCGGUGACCGCGUCUACACCAAACUGUCGAGCAGCCCGCCCCGCGCCAGCCCCGUGCGUGCCCCACCGGGGCUAUCCCACGGCAAGGGCUCGGCCUUCAUGUCUAAGAAGCGGCAGCAGCCAAAGUUCCGGAGCGUCAUCUCGGACAUUUUUGACGGUUCCAUACUCAGCUCGGUGCAGUGCCUGACGUGCGACAGGGCGGUGGACGGUGGCGCGCGGCUGCGUGCGGCCCAGGUGUCGGCGACGGUGGAGACGUUCCAGGACAUCUCGCUGCCGAUCCCCGGCAAGGAGGACCUGGCGAAGCUGCACUCGGCGGCCCACCAGGGCGCCGCCGUCAAGGUGGGCGGCGCGUGCUCUGACGCGUACAGCUCCCAGAGCUGGCUCACCUUCCUCAUGGACUACAUACGCAGGUUUGUGGUGUCCUGCGUUCCCAGCUGGUUCUGGGGCCCCGUGGUGACGCUGCAGGACUGCCUCGCCGCCUUCUUCGCUGCCGACGAGCUCAAGGGAGACAACAUGUACAGCUGUGAGCGGUGCAAGAAGCUGCGCAACGGCAUCAAGUACUGCAAGGUGCUCAAACUGCCCGAGAUCCUCUGCGUUCACCUCAAGCGCUUCCGGCACGAACUUAUGUACUCCACCAAAAUCGGCAGCCAUGUGGCGUUCCCCACCGAGGGCCUUGAGAUGCGGCCCUUCCUGGCCAAGGAGAGCCAGUCCCAGGUUACGACCUACGACCUCCUCUCCGUCAUCUGCCACCACGGAACAGCUGGAAGCGGACACUACGUGGCGUACUGCCAGAACGUGAUCAACGGGCAGUGGUACGAGUUCGACGAUCAGUGCGUCACUGAGGUUCACGAGACCGUCGUGCAGAACGCCGAGGCCUACGUGCUCUUCUACCGGAAGAGUAAUGAGGAGGCCAUGCGCGAGCGGCAGAAGGUGAUGUCGCUCGCGGGGCUCAAGGAGCCCAGUCUGCUCGAGUUCUACAUCUCCCGCCAGUGGCUCAACCGCCUCAACACGUUCGCCGAGCCUGGGCCCAUCACCAACCAAGACUUCCUGUGCUCCCACGGAGGUGUUCCACCACACAAGUCGAGCUACAUAGACGACCUGGUGGUGAUCCUCCCACAGAACGUGUGGGAUUACCUUUACAACAGAUAUGGGGGCGGUCCAGCCGUGAACCACCUGUACGUGUGCAGCGUGUGCCAAGUGGAGAUCGACCGGCUCGAGAGACGACGCAAAACCGAGAUGGACACCUUCAUCAGGAAGAACAAGGCGUUCCAGGCGGACGAGCACCCGGGCGUGAUCUACUGCAUCAGCAUGGAGUGGUUCCGCGAGUGGGAGGGGUUCGUAAAAGGCAAAGACAGCGAAGCACCAGGGCCAAUCGACAACAGCAAAAUUGCAGUUAACAAGGGCGGCCACAUCGCAGCUAAAGCAGGUGCAGACUAUGGACAGAUCUCCCGGGAGACCUGGAACUACCUGGUCUCCCUCUACGGGGGCGGCCCCGAAAUCACGCUGGGCCAGGGCUCAUCGCAGGGUUCUUCCGGCCAGGGGCUGGCGGCCCAGGCCCAACCCACGGCCCAAGCCAUGGCUCAGGCCGUGCCAGUCCAGACAUCGACCCAAGUGCCAGUCCAGCUGCCACCACAAGGGCUUCCGCACGUGCCACCACCGCCACCUUCCUCGCAAGUCUCCGAGGUGGUGGUGCGGCCAGCCUUGGUCUCAGUAGCAGCAGGAGGAGCUGGAGGAGUAGGAGGUGCAGCAGAAGGUGCAGCAGGAGCAGCAGCAGGAGCAGCAGUAGGAGCAGCUGGAGGUGAAGACGGUGAAGACACUUCCGCUAUGGAGACCAAGAUGGAAGUGGAGUCAGAUGUGGCGUGAAAGGAGGCGAAGGUCCUGCUGUUUCGUGUUUGGUUGAGGGGAGAGAAGUGGGUUCAGGUAGAAUCAUGGUGGCUACUACCCGUCACCUGCUGCCUCUUUAUUUCCGCGCCUGUGGUGGGUUUUUUUUCCAUUGCGUGCCCCUUGACGCAGGGUCGCGGCAGUCCAUCACCUGGGCUGUUUUGCAGUGCUGCGCUGUCGAGUUGUGUGCAAGUUGAGUGUGCGUGACUGAGUAAAGCAAGUAAUUUAUAACAGGGGAUGAGUGACGUGCAAUUAACCCAAUUAGAAUGAUUUUUGUCGAGCACUUGACGUUACAGCGUACUGUGAAAUAGGACCAGGCUACUGGAGAAAGGGACCAUGAGAAUGCUCCGAAGUUUAUUAGCAAAUACUGUGCGCCCCGGCUAAGCAGCUAGUUGAGCACGUGCGUGCGUGUGUGCAUUGUCGCUAGUGCAGUGCUGAUGUGGAGGUGAAUUUGACGAAUAUCCGGUCGUUGUGCAUAAACGAUAUGCUAUGAUGUACGCAUUCUCAACGUUUUAUUUAUUGUGCAUCUCUACGUUGUGAGGUUUUGAUCGCAUGGCACGUGACCGAGGGUAGCGGCGCUGCUGACAGCAGACGGACCGGUUGUCAUGCAAAUGAGCGUUGCCGAUCUUCCAGGCCGGUUUGCAAAAAUGAGUGGGCAAUGCUUUUUUUUGGGAAGAGGUUGUGACAUAACCAACAGAGAACAAGUGCAAAUAAUCACACGUCUUGCGUUGUAUUUAGUCGUCGAACUUACCGUUCGGUGCAGCAUUACGCUCUCUUGUUGGUUCAUUUUAUCAUUAAGCCAAAUUCACAGUUGCAGUCGGUUAUCGUUAAACAGGCGUCUGUGUUGGUAGCAAAGUAAUGCUUUGUUACGGCAGUAAUUACAAGUACAGUCUCAGGAGUUGGCUGGGGUGAAUUGAAAACACUAAUGUAUUGUUGUGGAUACCAGGAUAUUCUCGUGGAUUAACGAGGAACUUGGAAAAUACAUAAUGCAUUUCCAAGGUUGACGUCAUUCCGGACACCAGAAACGCACAGGUAGCAUCGAAGCGUGUGAAGCCAGUUCAGCUCUAUUCACAAUUCGCGAGGACGAUUCAGGGGGAGAAACGGUGCUUGUAUAAACUCUCAAACUUGGUUUUUUUCUUCCUCCUCCAAAUCCUAAUUUUGUAUCACAUGGCACCUUAUACGAACAUUGAGAGUCCACAUUUAUAGUACGAGUUGGCCAACAGCUGAAUUCAUUGACAUUCCAGUAGCGUUUGGUGCCGCUGAUUCAAGAAUCGCACAAUUGGCCUGUUGAUGGUGAUGGAACCAAUUGUUCGCCAUCUGUGUGGGUUUGUGCCCAGGUUUGUGAGCAAAGGUUGGCCAGGCUCGACUCGCUGGUCCGAAUAUUCGGGGACGUUUUGCCACACAGCGCGAUUGUUACUUGUACUCAUUGAUGUCGUCGGUCGUUUGCCACGGGGAGUCUCAAUGAGAGAAUGACCCCGUGAAAUCCUCUUGUCUGUUCGCGAGCUAAGGCUUCUGAAUUUUGACUGAUAUAAACCCUAGGGAGUCAGUCUGAUGAGAUUCUAGCUUUAAUCUGAUCACUAUUUCACUACAAGGAUGCAGCCUUUCGCCCAAGUUUGGUCUUAUGGUUAUUAGUGUUGGAAUAACGGCUAGGACUUGUUAAUGUGCAUGUUGGAACUGAUGGAGCUGGGCUUGUGAAUUAGAAGGUCCAUUCUCAUCGAACGGCCUCUCCGCUGCUCGGCACCGUGCGCUGUGAGCAAUGCCUCGUCGUCAUAAUCUCAUCGCCCGCUGUGUAUGGGACUCGCAUUAUCGCUUAAUAAAGUCGGUGAAACAG